CAGGAACAAGGGCACACACUCUGUGUCUCAGACUCCAACAAAGAGGAGCAGUACCUUGCUCUGUCUUGCUGAUGGACUGACAAGGAGACACCAUCCUGAGAGCAGAGGCUGCUGAAAGGGAUAUCAGAGAGGAAAAGGUUCACUAAGGGCAGCACAAAAAGCUUUUCCCUUGUCUUGCACUUUUUUUUAGGAUUUCCACCCUUUUUGCUUGCCAGUUUGGGUGAGCACAGUGUUAAUACAUAAAUAUGAUGACCCAGCCACUGCUGAAGCCAUUGCAUGGCCAGAGAUGUCAUUUUGGACAGCUCCAGUCUGGCCCCUGCUCCUCUGAAACGCUUGGAUUUAGGAAAAAACUCAAUGUUUCCUGCUGCUCUUGACAUUUUCUUAUUAUCUGUGUGUGCUUAAUCCUUCUCUGUGUCAUGCUGAGCUUAUGAAAAAGCAAUUUAGGGGCUUUAUUCCAAGGAAAAUCGAGAGUUAGCAGCUUUUGCUAGUCCUUAUACCAGGGCAUAUGUUACAUUCAGUGAUUAGAAAAGGCAAAUGGGAAUAACACUGCUGACUUCUUCAGUGCAGGAUUUGAAGUUGGAGCUCCUGCUCACAUCUGAAGUCGUGCCUCUCAUUUUGGGGCUGCAGCUGUUGGAGUCUUUUUACAAAGCAGGGACUCCUGCAGAUGGUCCAAAGCACUUUGGGUUUGGGGUUUUUCCCUGGCUGAUGUGUGUGACCUCAGUGCAAAACACCACCCACCAUCCACUGAGCCCAGCUGGAGCUUUGCCCCAGAAAAGUAAAGGAAAAAUGUACUUUAAAUUGAUAUUUCCAACCUGUUCCUCAGGGGGACUCCAGACCUACUUCCCUGUCCCUGCCUCAGGCCAGGCUGCUUUCCCUGCACUGUGUGGCACAUAGCCCUGAUCUCUUGGUGCUCUUCAGAUAAUUACACUCAUUAACAGACCUAAAGGAGACGUCAGGUUAAUUUGGAUACAGUAAUUAGGCUUUGGCACAGGAGCUGCCGUGGGAAACACAAAGGAGUUCCACCAGGGUCAGUGGUGUGAACAGAAACCCUAAAAACAACCUGCUGCCCUUGGCAGGGUGUGGGAGGGGGUUUGUGCCCUGCUGGAAAUAGGGAUUUGCAAAAUACAGAGUGCUGCAGUUUGGGAUUGGGAUCCCAGACCUUGGCCACCUUCUUCAUAGGGUCCCAAUGAUAAAUAACACAGAGAAGAAACGUUUUCAGCUCCCCUGAAGCUGCUGAAUAGAGUUUAAAGACUAACUGUCAAAAAAGAAAAAAAAAAAAAAGAUAAAAUGAUGCCAAGGCAUGGCCAGAGGAUGAUAAACACGUCUGGGACCAGUGCAGAAACAGAUAAAGAGGUUUUUGGCAGAUUAUGUAUAAAAGAAGCAACAGAGAUAAAAUUAGAAAAGUUAACUCCCACCAAUUUUGGUGUCAUUUCUGGUGAACCUACACUGGAAAAUGUCUGGUCUCCCCUGAGGCUCCAUUAUUUUUCCUGAAGGCAGCAGGACUUUGCUGGAUAAAAUCACAGAUUCCCCCAGAGAUCCAUCUGGGACACAGGUGAGUGUGAGAAGAGGCUGCAACUCCCACAUGGUUUGGUGCCAGGAUUCCAUGCAAGCCACAGCUGCAGAGACCCAUGAAGUGCCAGACAGUUUAAGAAAAGUCUCUAGGAUAUGAAAAAGGCAAUUUUUUUUUUUUUUGGGCAAUGCCCCUCAUAGAAUAUUUUGCAGUUGGAACAACAAGAGAUGGAAAAAGCUUUGAGAUAAUUAAAAAUUAUGAUUUCUGACUGACAUCACAGAGAAAAAUCAAGUAUAACGUCAUGCAAGAAGACUUUAUAUAAAACCAGAAAGAUUUGUUUUGAAGCAAAAUGGGGAUGGGAGGGGGGCUCAGUCCCUGAUACAGAAACUUCAGUGCUCCAAGGAACUGCCCUGCCCGUGCUAAUAGAAAAUGGUUUUAGUGUUCAGAAUUCCCCGUGUUCAUCUGAAAACAAGGAUUGAAUGGAUGGUUUAUGAAGAAAAAUGGCCUUGGCAAGAGGAAGCAGCUUGUGUCUCUGUCAUCCCUUUCCCUUGGAGCUCUCUCAGUGAAUCCCAGGCUGGAUGGGGCUUGGAGCACCCUGGGACAGCGGGAGAUGUCCCUGCCCUUGCAGAGGUGGAACUGGAUCACCUUUAAAUUCCUUUCCAACCCAAACCAUUCCACGGUUCCAUGGUUCCUCUUAUCCAGGCCCACCCCUUUUUCCCGGCCCAGGGACCUGCUGGGAGAGGACACAUGGACAUGUGUGCCACUUGCAAGCUUCUAAAACUCUGAUUGCAAUUUGCGAUUUGCAAAGUUCGCGCCGCCCGGCCGCGAGCGUUUGUUGUUUUUGUGCGGGCACAAGUCGUGCUCCGCCACACACGGCCUGGAAGGGGAAGGCAAUCUGCUUCUGGCAAGGCAGAAUGGCAAAGGUGGGAGGCUGCUCAGCCAGCUCUCCAAAACAAAGAUUUUUAAAGCUUUUUUAGGUCUGUUACCAAUGCUGGAGACAAAGAGUAAACAAUGGUCGUGUUACGUUAGUCUGAUUCUGCCGAAAUCUUGUAAAAUGAUUGUUGUGUGUUAUGGCACCUUGCACUUGGGUAUUUGUGGAACAGAUUUUAAUGGGUUUUAAUAGAAUGUUGCUCUCCAUUGUUUUCUUAGUUCAGGGUUUGGUUUGAACAUGUUCUGGAGUUUCUGUAACAGAGAAAUAUCAGACUUUCAGUCUCCUGUGGGCUGGUGACAGGAACAAACCUCUUGUACAUCUCCACUGUCAACCUCAAAACAUCAUCCUGUCCUGAAAACACAAUUCAGGACAUUCAUGAGCCUCCUCCCAGGCCACUGAAGAACGUGAGAGCAGAUGCAGAGCAGAUUUUUGUACAAUUAUAUACAUAUAAUAUAACUGCAUAUGUAUAAUCUCAAUUUUACAUAUGUAUUUAACUGAAGCAGUUGUAAAGUUAAUUACAAGAUUAUUGUGAGCUCUAAAUACAAGAAAAAAAAUUCAGAUCUGUGGAAUACCCUAUUUAAGGACAAAGUGAAUUUUAAUAUAAAUGCCAGAAGAAAUGUGAACUUUUGAAAUAUUUUCAAAAUUCAUUAGUGAAUCAUUGCAAAAAUGUACUUCAGUGUGGGAGCAAUUCCAGUAAACCAAGACUCCAGUUCUACUUGUUUCAUUCUUCUGAGAAUUCCCACUGAAGUCAAUGGGACUAUUCUUGGGGGUAAAAUGAGCUGGAUUUGGUUCCAGGGACACCUGGCUGGACUUUCAAAUGAAUUUAAAUCCUGCAUUGCAAAACCUUAGAUUGCCUGGAAAGGGGAAUUUGAGCAAAAGGAAGGCACUAACGUGAUUUAGGGGAGUCUGCACAGAACAUUCCUGGUCAGAAGGCAGAGAUCAAAUUUCCAUGAAAUCUGCAGCUCUGGGCAUGGUUAAUUUGGUUUGCUGUGUUUUUAUUUGGGGAGCCAGAUACAAUCCUUUGUUAAGAAGGGGAGAAGUGGAAGGGGUGCCCUUUCCCCUGGUAAAAAUUGCCCCAUCCUAGUGCUCUAAAAUAGAAAUAGGAGAGCCUGUGGCUUACUGGAAUGAGCAACUCAAGCCUUAAAUUCCUCUCACUAGGUUAAUUUGUGGAGAUGUGUAGUAUUUUUAGCACUGCAAGGAUUUAGGCUUUGCUUUGAUAAUUUUUCUCUCACUUAAAAUUUCUAUUAGAUUUAUAACCAGAUACCCAGCUCAUUAAUCUCUUACAGGGUUAAAUGAGUGAACAUUUUUGAUAUUGUUUGGAUCUUUCUCACUUAAAAAGGGGAGGGGAAUAGGACAAGCCACAAAGCCCCUUCUCACCUCAGCAUGUCCUAGUGAGCCACUCAAACUCUGCACAAGCUGAAACAUCAAAAAUAGUGUGACCCACUGCUGUUUUGGUUCUUUUUUUUUUUUCAGAGCAGCUGACCCAACUUCAAAAAUGUGACUCAUGGCCCCUCCAGCAAAAGGAUCAGGAGCAGUUUCUGGGUUGGUACAAGAGCCCCACGGGACACAGAGGUGAUGAAGAUGAGAGGAACCUGGCUGGGUGUGCCCAUUGGACACCUGCUGGCUCUGGGACACAGGAACAAAUGGAGAAAUAUGGUGGAUUCCAGAAAGUUCAGGGUGUUUGUCUGCCUGCUGGGGCUCAGCAGUGCCAGCCUCUGGGCUCUCUACAGCUGGAUGGAGCUCUGCGUGCUGUGUGAGAGCAGCCAGGGUUACAUCUUCCCCACGGGGACUUUCAGGAGGGUGGAAGGGAACUUCUCACAGCUCCCAGACAUCGACUGCCACAAGAACCCUCCUUUCCUCGUCCUGCUCGUGGCCUCCUCGUUCCAGCAGGUGGAUGCCAGGAUGGCCAUCCGGCACACCUGGGGCAAGGAGAGGACAGUGGCUGGCAAGCGCCUGGUGACGUUUUUCCUCCUGGGGAGCCCCGUGGAUCCCAGCCAGCAGGCUGACAUCGCUGCUGAGAGCCAGAGGUACAGAGACAUCAUCCAGAAGAACUUUACAGACACCUAUUACAACCUGACCCUGAAGACCAUGAUGGGGAUCGAGUGGAUUCACAGGUUUUGUUCCCAGUCCAGCUUUGCCAUGAAAACUGACACCGACGUGUUUGUCAACGUUUUUUACCUCACUGAGCUGCUCCUGAGGAAAAAGAAGACUGCUGGAUUCUUCACAGGCUUUUUAAAACUGCACGAGUACCCCAUCAGGACAAGAGGGAGUAAAUGGCAUGUGAGUAGGGAAGAGUACCCAGGAACGACCUAUCCACCCUUUUGUUCUGGGACUGGAUAUGUUUUAUCCAGUGAUGUAGCCAGCCAGAUCUACAACAUUUCUGAGAGUGUUCCAUUCAUUAAACUGGAGGAUGUGUUCAUAGGACUGUGCCUUGACAAAUUAAAAAUUGGGCUGGAGGAGCUUCACUCGGAGCAGACGUUUUUCCCAGAAAGGAUCAGGUUCUCUGUUCCUCGCUUUAAGAAAAUCGUGACGUGCCAUGGAAUAAAACCCUCUGAGCAGCUGAGCUACUGGAACCACUUGGUGGCAGGAGCUCCAGGAGGAGUGCUCUAGCACCUACCCUGCUCCACUUAGCAAGAUGAAAUUCUCUGCUUCUACAGGGCUGCUCCCCACUCCGGCAAACUCCCAAUAACUCCAGCUCCACUGCGUUAAAGACUUUGGAAAUGGUUAUUUUAAUCACAGAAUCAGAGAAUUGUUAAGGUUGGAAAAGAACCCCAAGAUCAUUGAGUCAAACCUUUGACUAAACACCACCUUGUCAACUAAACCAGAGCAAUGAGUGCCACUUCCAAUCAUUCCUUGAACCCCUCCCUGGGCCCUUCCAGUGCUUAACCACCCUUCCUGUGAAAAAAUUCCCUAUUUCUGCCCAAGAACAUGCAAGCCUCCUUCUCUCCCAUUCACUCCCACCUUUGUGCAUCCCUUCUCUAGACAAGCUACAAUUAUUAUUGAAUUUUUUUCCCCCCCCCAAACAUUCAGGCCUGCUAACCCACCCCUCAAAUCUUGCUGCCAGAGGCCUGGGAACAUUUCUGCUGUGCCAAACAAAAACUCAAAGUACUUUUGUUCAGAGAAUGAAAUCUGCACCAUCUUCCUGGUCACCCUUGAUAAAUUACUGCACCCAUCUGUGCAGGCAUUUAGGGAAUAAUAUUUGUAGCUGUCAGGAUGGAAGUUGCAGCCCUGCCCUUGCAGCCAGCUCUGUGUGGGCUGAGCUGCAUCCUGGCACAGAUCCCUCCUUCAGUCUACACCAAGUUUUUUUCUGCAGAAUUUGCCCAUGCAACGCUCUGGGGACAACCUUGGGCACUGCAGGUCACCUGGUGGACAGGUAAAAGCUGCUGCAGCUGUUUCUUUGUGUGUGCUUCCUGCUGAAAAUAAUCCGUGGUGGAGCCAGCGGAGGGUGUCCUGCUCUUCCUAUUAAAAUAGACCCUGGAGACAUCUUUUAUAUUUGUCUCACUUUGAUUGCCUGAGAACCACUGUGAAUGGUUUGCCAAGGCUAAACUAGAGUCACUUACAGUGAUUUUGAUUUUUUUUUUUCCAAAAAGAAGCUGGGUGUGUGAGGGAGAAGACAGGAGGAUUUUUCUCUUUUGAACAAGUGGGAAAAUGUGCUCAAGAAAUCAUUCAGACUGGGAGCCCUAUUUCUUAUCUCCCAAGCAGAAAGUCAUGAAAUCUCUGGGAUGAUCAUAAGUUUCAGAGAUAAGGAGUGGGAUCUUUACAGCAGAUGCUGAAAAAUCCUUCAGGGCGCUGAGGAGGGAGAAAGAAGUUCAGAAAUGCUCCCUUAUGCAAUGCUCCUGAUUUUCCUGCAGGCACAGGCGAGGUCAGUGCUAUCAGCAUGGAAUGCCUGUAAUGUCUGUGUCAAGUGUUUUUUCCAAAAAGCAGUGAAAGUGGAGCUGUUCCCAAGGGGAACUGAGGGGAUCUGACACCCACCAUGGUAAAAGCAUAGAAAAAAGACAGGAAAAUGGAUUUUAUGAUUUUGGUGUUAUUUAUUAUUAUUGUUUCUUUUUAUUGAAAAAAGAAAGAGGAUUCUUCUUUCUUUCCUUCUUUUCAAAUCCUUCUUGGCAAGGAUUUCCCAAGUAUCUUGUUUUACUUGCCUGUGUCUGAAGAGCAGGAUAAAUAUUUUCAGCAGGAAAAUCCUGUGAAUCCUGUUUAAUAAUGGUCAUAAAAUAUUUGUUUUCCUCUGGUGUAGAGUAACCUGAGAUCAUGCACUUACUUUUGAACACUGAUGAUGAAAGAAGCAAUGUUUAUUUGUUUGUCAGAAGAAUAGCCUUCUUCAUUUUAAGAUUUUUAAUAAACUUUUAACAUUUUAUUUAAAGAAUUAAAAUGUUUAAAUAGCUCAAUUUUACUUAAAAUUCAGCUAUUUUCUGGAUACUUUUGCUGCCUUCAGAAGGUGUGAAGGAUCAGACUGAUAAAGCCAAGCCAACAUCUUUUUAAUCACUAUUCUUUCCAUGUAAUACGCAGAAAUAUCUUGUGUCAUGCAUUGCUCUUGUGCCCAAACUGGUUAUUCCUUUAAUUUAUGGAAAAAAGCUGAGCAGAAAGGAAUGUUUCCUGGUCAUUCCUAGCUGCCUGUCUUCAGGGGCAGAGGUCUGUGAGUUGGGACAGCAUCAUCAGCCUGAUGUUCUCUCCUUGUUCUCAGAGAUAAUAAUAUAGUAAUAAAUAAUAGUAAUAAUGAUGAUGAUGAUAAUAAUAAUUUAUUAAUGAAAUAAUCCUGCAGGCAAUUGUAGAUCUCACUUCCACCUCUGUGCCUGGUGCCAGCAGUUUGUGGCUUUGCAUCAGCAUAAAAAAAGUCACCCUUGAGGACCAAGUCCUGCUCAUCCUCUUGGCUGUGGCUUUUAUUUGAGUUCAGGAGUGUUCCCAAGUACUUGAAUCCAGCUGCUAAGAGCUCUGUCAGUCACUCCUGCAGACUCCACCUCUGUAUUUUUGGGGUUACAUUCUAGUGGGAGAUGUCCCUGCCCAUGGCCAGGGGGUGGGAAUGGAUGUUCUUUAAGGCAGCCUCCAACCCAAACCCAGCCAUGCUGUGCUUCUGUCAAAUCCAUCUCUGAUGUGCCUUUGGGAACAAGGUCCUCAGGCAUGAGAAACCAUCCUGACACCGUUUCCAGGGAGAUGUAUUUGUCAUUUCAAGUGACCUGUACAAGCUCUCUCUGUUGCUGCCUUCAGAAUGUUUUGUCCCCACAUCGGUCUCCAGUGGCCCGACUGCCCACAGGCAUUUAAUUUGUCACUGCUGAGGAGCAGAUGAGUUCAGGUUGAAAUGUCAGGGAUUGAGGGAGCCUGCUCCUCUCCUCUUUGCAAAGUGGCUUCCCAAGUGAUUGCUUUUGGUUGCUGGACAGAAUUGUCCUCAACAGAAUGAUUUUCUUUUUGUAAAUUAGAAAGUGAUUUCUUUCAUUCACAGAAUCACAGGAUUGUUUGGGUUAGAAAAGAACUGCAAGUUCACUGAGUCCAACCAUUAACCCCAAAAGGUGUCUCUACACCUUUCUCAACACUUCCAAGGACAGUGAUUCCACCACUUCCUUGGGCAGCCUGUUCCCUGUGCUUUACCACCCUUUCUGUGAAGAAAUUUUUCAUAAAUACAAUCUAAACCUCCCCUGGUGCAACUUGGAGCCAUUUCCUCUUGUCCUGUUUUUUUUACUUAGGAGAACAGACCAACCCCACCCUCCUACCAGGGAGUUGUGGAGUGAAAUGAAAUCUCCCCUGAGUCUCCUUUUCUCCAGACUAAAACCCUCCCCUGCUCCCUAGGCUGCUUUGAAUAACAAUAUAUUAACUGAAUAAUUAUUUACUUAAAACAUAAAGUUACCCUGCUGGAAAAUGUGAUUUAAGAAAAAGCAGAUGAUUGCAUGUAAGGCAAAUCCAUUUGUUUAAACAAAACCACUGUGCUAGUGAGUUUAUAUGUAUCAGCUAAAUUAAAUUAGCUUUUGCAGCUGAGGCCUCAGAUCAUGAAUUUUAAAACAAUCAAAACAUUAUUGGUGGCCUUUUGCAAAAUUAGAUGCAUUUUCUUAUGAAAGACAUCACAAAGCAAUCAGAAAUAUAAGUAGAUCUGUAAACACAAUACUGCACUAUACAUAUACUUAUUUUUUGAAUUUUGUAUAGGCUGAUAAAACAAUUCAGGCAACUUGGGGGCAGUUUGUCUGCAGAAGCUGAGCACAACCCCAAUGUUUUUAUGCAUUCUGGGUUAGAAGUUUAUUAAGUCUCUAAGUUUUUUCUAAUAAAUGGCUUUGAAAAGGUCAGCUAAAAGUUACUCCACUACUUCUAAGUAGGGGCAGUCCAGAAAUUAGCAGAGCUGACAGUGACUUAGACUUGCUUGCAUUUCAACACAACUCUAUUUCUUCCAAGAUGAGUUUUUGGAUGCAGAAAAAUUAAUAAAUAUUUUUUUUCAUAAUCCUAAUUCAUCAACUAACACUUCUCAGUUUAAAUUAGGAUUUUCAAACCUGUACACAAAGGAUUUAGUCUCACAGCUCCUCUCAGACUCAUUGAGGGGGUAAAACCUUCCCAGGCGCUUCUGAAACUGCAGGGUGGUUAUUUUGCAAUGGAAGUUUGACCUUAUUUCAAAGUGGAAGAGGACAAAAGGGCUCCUGGUGUGUGCUGGAUGUGACAGGAACGCUGCUCCUCACGGAUCUGUGUGGGUGACAAUGAAUGUUUGUAUUAUUUGCACAGAACAUGAGAGUGUUGAGCCAACAGUUCCAUGUUUGAUAUUUUAUUAGUAAAGAAUUUUGCUACCACA